AUGGAGAAACAAAAGAAGAGAAAGGCUGGUGACAAUGUUAUUAAUGUUAGGGGCAAAAAUAUUGCUAAAGCCAAACGUAAUGUGGAUGAGGAUGAUGAUGAAGAGGUAUCUAAAUUUUUGGUUACCAAGCACCCUGCUGUGGCACCAUCUAUGUGUAGAUACACGAAUGUUAAUGUAAUGCAAGAUAUUAGAGGCAAACUAACAGAUCCACAGAUGGAUAUGCUUAUGGUUGAGUAUUUUGGUAGAAAUCAGGAGAACCAAUUGCCAGUUAAAAGACACGAGCUUAUUGAGUGUUUCAACAAGACUGUCUGGGAUGAUAAAGGGGAUGACGCAGUCAAGAUGGCAAUAUUAUUUGAGGAAGUUGUGCCAACACCCCAUGAGUUGGAAACUCUUAAAUUGCCUCCUGUUGCACAUGAUAUACCAGACGUCAAACAUGGAGUUGAUGGUGUACAUGGUACUGAUUUGGUAGACGAUGAUUACGAUGAUUUUAGUACCACACCACCGCAUCGGUCCAGUGGCAAACAACAACAAAGGAGUGCCAAUUCUGAUUCCCCGCGAGGCAAGAAACGGACGCAGUUUCCAGUUUCUGUUCCUCCUUCCAGGAAACAACCAUCACAGAAGGAAUCUGGGAUAAAAGGGACAAGGAAACCAGAUGCACCUACAGCACCCCGAACAGAUGAGUUUAAACUGAUAAGGGAAGAGAUUCGGAUUUUCAAGAAAGAAGUGUUUGACUACAUGGAUAACAACUUCAAAAAGUUGUUAGAUGCAAUAAAGGGCAAUCAAACACCAGAUAAGGUCGGCGACACAAUGUUAAAAGCUGACUUACAUAGUGAUGGUGGGAUUUCUCAAGGCAAUCAAAGUGGCGGUGCAGUAAAGCUUUCAACCAAAGAGAAUCAAGGUGGUGGUGCCACUUCCGCGCAGAGGAGUCAUCCAGUGGUUGAGGGAGUUGGGUUGCCAAUUAAUGAUCCGGUUUCUGUUGUUGAUGUGGAUAAAGAAACCGGAGUUAAAAGUGAUGCACAAACAGAUGGAGUGCCCAUAACACCAAUCCAUUUAAAUUUUGAUGAAUCUCAGCAAAUCGGCGAUAUGGAGAAUGCUAAUGCUGAAUUUACUGCAUCAGAGGAAAUGGUAGCGGACUUGCUAAUCAACUGCCCUUUAGCAUGUGUUAUUCCUCUCGGUCCUCCUCCAGUACCACGCGAUGAUCAAACCGAUUUGUCAAGUUUAAGGACUCCUCAGAAUGUGGACAAUAACCCGGUAACCAUCUCUCAGUGGAUGAUUCCUGAUUCUCAGAUACCAAUCCAACUUGGAGUACAACCAACAACCGGACAAAGUUCAACUAAUGAAACUGAACAGCAAGUUGGAGUACAACCGAUAGUUGGCCACAGUUCAAGCGAUGAAACUGGACAACAAGUUCCCGUACAACCAAAUGCGGGCCAAAGCUCAAGUGGUGAGACUGCACAGUUUUCAAACUCUGAAAAACAGAUCAUUGUCCAUCCAGGUGCUGCCCGAGAAAGGAAACCAAGCAAAUAUAACCUGUCCCCUUAUUGUCCCAAUUUCAGCUCAGCGGGUUCUUCUGCCAAAAAUAUCGGUCCUUGCAUUUAUCAGAAAAAACACCUAUUUGUUGACCACCCUAUAAAUGCCCCGUUAGAUACUUCGUUUCUUCAAGAAUAUCAAAAGUGGCUUGAGAAGGAUCUGUUGAAAUCGCAUGACAAAAGAAAGAACAAGGAAGGACUCGAUCCUGCGGAUGCCGAACUUCGGUUGCAUUUAGGCGUUACAGCCGUAGCUGACAGAAACUGGUUCUACUUGUUAUCUAUGGAUGGGCAACUUUGGACUGAUGAGGUUGAUGGAGUAAGUUUAGGUACUUAUUGUCACAACUUGUAUUUUUAG